AGUUAUAUAAAUGUGUAAUCUAUGGAAGAAGUAACCGAAAGUAAAACAUUUCUCCCAUAAAUGUCAGAUUCGAAACACACCAGAAUAUGGCGACUUUGCUGAGGGUCACCAAUUUUUCCAAGCAGCUCCGUGCCUUUGGUGUUGCGUGGGUUCACUCAUUGCCGAGACAAACGCAGUAUUCUAGCGUCAGUCAUACAACAAAUAAGUGGUUUGCGGUAACAGUUGACAACGUAAAGUGUAGGAGAAUUAUCCAUCGGUCAGCUUCAAGGCUGGAAGAGCACCCGUCGCAAGACAGAAAUGAGUUAUCAGACAUAACCUAUGAGAAGCUGGCUGAUGAAACGCUAGAUGCGCUUGCUGAUUACUUUGAAGACUUAAUGGAUGAACCUUUCACUGGACCCGACUACGAUGUUGUGCUCUCUAGUGGUGUGCUAACAAUAAAAGUGGGUGGUGACCAUGGAACCUAUGUGAUCAACAAACAAACACCAAACAAACAGCUUUGGUUGGCCUCUCCGACAAGCGGUCCAAAACGCUACGAUUGGACAGGUAGCGCCUGGGUUUACAGACAUGAUGGCAUCAGUCUGCACCAACUCCUCUCUAACGAGUUUUCUGCCAUCUUCAAAAAGAACAUGGACAUCUUUAAUCUGCCCAAUUCCUGAUAAGAUAACCCUGUUUAUGCUAGAGUUCAAAGGACAACAGAAUGAGCAACAUAAACUUAUGAGUAUUUGUAAUUACAGUCAACAGUAUUCAGGAGAUUUGCUGUUGAGGUAUGUUGAAGCUGUUUUAUAAAUAUAGCACAUGAAUAAUAACAUAAUAUGGUGUAAAUAAAUGGAAACUCUGUAUA